UGCAUGCCUCUCAUGGUGCCUUAUGGGCCACAGUCUCUCCCUUGCUUCACCAGGAGAUUUUUCUUAUGAAAACUCCUUCGUCAUGUUUGGAAACCUCCAAUGCCAUCCCGCUUCAUAGGGAAAGUCCAAAGUCCUUCAUCUUCUAUUCAGGUUUCAGAGGCGAUGACUCAGGAUGCAGCCAGGAGCUACGACGUGCACAGAGGACCGCAUCCAGCAUGCCCUGGAGCGCUGCUUGCAUGGACUCAGCCUCACCCGUCGCUCUACCUCUUGGUCAGCCGGGCUGUGUCUGAACUGCUGGAGCCUACAGGAGCUGGUCAGCAGGGACCCGGGUCACUUUCUCAUCCUCCUGGAACAGAUCCUGCAGAAAACCCGAGAGGUCCAAGAGAAGGGGACCUAUGACCUGCUCCCCCCGCUGGCCCUGCUCUUCUACUCCACUGUCCUCUGCACCCCACACUUCCCACCAGACUCAGAUCUCCUUCUGAAAGCAGCCGAAACCUACCACCGAUUCCUGACCUGGCCUGUCCCUUACUGCAGCAUCAGCCAGGAGCUGCUCACCUUCAUCGAUGCUGAACUCAAGGCCCCAGGAAUCUCCUACCAGCGACUGGUGAGGGCUGAGCAGGGUCUGCCCACUCGGAGUCAGCGCAGCUCCACUGUCACCGUGCUGUUGCUGAACCCUGUGGAGGUGCAGGCAGAGUUCCUCGCCGUGGCCAACAAGCUGAGCACGCCCGGCCAUUCGCCCCACAGUGCCUACGUCACCCUGGUCCUGCACGCCUUCCAGGCUGCCUUCGGGGCCCACUGUGACCUCCCCGGUCUACACGGCAAGCUGCAGUCCAAGACCCUGGCCGAGCUCGAGGACAUCUUCACAGAGACUGCAGAGACACAGGAGCUGGCAUGUGGCAUCGGGGAUGCAGCCGAGGCCCAGCAGUGGCUCAGGACCAAGCUGCGGGCAGUGGCAGAGAAAGCCGGCUUCCCUGGUGUCUUAGACACUGCAAAACCCGGCAAGCUCCGCACCAUUCCCAUCCCUGUUGCCAGGUGCUACACCUACAACUGGAACCAGGACAGCUUUGGUGAGCAAGAGAGGUUUGGAGGGUCCAGAUGCCCAGAUGGCGCCUCCUCUUGCUCCCGUGCAGACGUCCUGCAGGAAAUCCUACUCAAGGAGCAGGAGCUGCUCCAGCCAGGGGUCCUGGGGGACGAUGAGGAGGAGGAGGAGGAGGAGGAAGAGGAGGAAGAGGACUUGGAAACAGAUGGACAGUGUGCCAAGAGGGACUCACUGCUUUCUACCAGCUCGGAGACGUCCCGUGACUCCACCCUGUCCCUUGCCUCGUACCAGGCCUUGGGGGCCACCCUGCCCCGCCAGCUGCUGACCUCCUUUGUCUCUGGCCUCUCGGAUGGCAUGGACAGUGGCUACGUGGAGGACAGCGAAGAGAGCUCCCCUGAGUGGUCCAAGAGGCCUGGCAGUCGGGAACGGCGGGGCUACCGCAGGCCAGGGCAGAAGUUCAACAGGAUCUACAAACUCUUCAAGAGCACCAGCCAGCUGGUGCUACGAAGGGACUCCCGGGGCAUGGAGGGCAGCUCGGACUCGGCGCUGCCCCUGCGGCGGGCUGGGAGCCUCUGCAGCCCCCUGGGCAGCCCGGAGCCGCCCCCCACCCGGGCUCAGCGCUCCCGCUCCCUGCCCCAGCCUAAGCUCAGCACCCAGCUGCCCAGCUGGCUCCUGGCCCCCGCCUCCCGGCGUCAGCGCCGCCGCCCCUUCCUGAGUGGGGACGAGGACCCCAAGGCUUCCACGCUGCGCGUUGUGGUCUUCGGCUCCGACCGGAUUUCAGGGAAGGUAGCUCGAGCGUAUAGCAACCUGCGGCGGCUGGAGAACAAUCGCCCACUCCUCACACGGUUCUUCAAGCUUCAGUUCUUCUAUGUGCCCGUGAAGCGAAGCCGGGGGCCCAGCUCCAGCACCUGCCCGGCCCCUCCGAGUCAGACACCCCCACUCCCCCCAGACUCCCCGAGGCACCCCAUCCCGACAGAGCUGGGCGCAGCCCCCUGGGAGGAGAGCACCAACGAUAUCUCUCACUACCUCGGCAUGCUCGACCCCUGGUAUGAGCGCAACGUGCUGGGCCUCAUGCACCUGCCCCCUGAAGUCCUGUGCCAGCAGUCCCUGAGAGCCGACUCCCGGCCUCUGGAGGGCUCCCCCACCCAGCUGCCCAUCCUGGCCGACAUGCUGCUGUAUUAUUGCCGCUUUGCUGCUCGGCCGGUGCUGCUGCAGGUCUACCAGACGGAGCUGACCUUCAUCACUGGGGAGAAGACAACAGAGAUCUUCAUUCAUUCCCUGGAGCUGGGUCACUCUGCUGCCACACGAGCCAUCAAGGCUUCGGGUCCUGGCAGCAAGAGGCUGGGCAUUGAUGGGGACCGGGAGGCUGUCCCUUUAACACUACAGAUUAUUUACAGCAAGGGGGCUGUCAGUGGACGAAGUCGCUGGAAUAACAUGGAGAAGGUCUGCACCUCCAUCAACCUCAACAAGGCCUGCCGGAAGCUGGAGGAACUGGACGCCGGCAUGGAGGCCCUGACGCUAAACCUGACAGAAGUGGUGAAAAGGCAAAAUCCCAAGUCCAAGAAGGGCUUCAACCAGAUCAGCACAUCGCAGGUCAAAGUGGACAAGGUGCAGAUUAUUGGCUCCAACGGCUGCCCCUUUGCAGUGUGUCUGGACCAGGAUGAAAGGAAGAUCCUGCAGAGUGUGGUCAGGUGCGAGGUCUCACCUUGCUACAAGCCAGAGAAGAGCAGCCUCUGCCCACAACCCCAGCGGCCCCCCCACCCCGCCGCCCAGGCCACGUCGGACCUCUGCUCCCUCCUCUGCCUGCCCAUCAUGACUUUCAGUGGAGCUCUACCCUAGCAAGACCCCGUGCCGGCCUGGACAGAAAGCCCGAAGCAGCCUCUUCUGAGCCUCUCCCAGAUGGUGGGCUGUGAGGGUCUUGCUCCUUGUGGAGAACCAAAUGGCCCAUGGGGGCCAGCGUCCUGCUGUGGGCUCCACACUGGGCAGGGGGCAGAGCCCCGGGGCCCGGCGGUUUCUGGGGCCUCGGUCUUCUCUUUGGGACAGAAAUGGGCUUUGGGGAGAGAGGAGUUUGGCCACGCCGCCUCUCAGGUUCCUCGAGGCAGAAAGGAGAGCCGACCUCUGAAGGCCCCGGCCGCUGACAUAGUCAAGUGUCCUUUCAGGAAGGAAGAUCGGAGGCUCCCGAGCUCUGGGCGUGGUGUAGGCCUCUCCUCCUGACCUGUGGCCGGGCCCACCCCUUCCUCUGUCAAAGACUUAGGAAACCCUUUGUCUGGGGUUCAGGCUCCUCUGCUUUGGACGCAAGGAUGAGACUUUUCAUCCCUGCCCUUCGGUACCCCCCACCUCUCUCGGUCCCCGGGUUCUGAAAAACAGCACUAAUACUUUGUCCAUUGUCAGGACCUGGUCAGGUUCUCUCUGGAGUCCCUUUCUGGAUCUGAGGUCCUGGGGAGAUAAGGACAGGCUAGAUUCAGUUGCAGCUCAGUUACCUUCUAGCUAAACGACCAGAAGGAAGUUAAUUAGCUUCUUUGAGCCUCCCUUCCCUCAGCACUAAGAUGAGGGGGACUCAGGCCUCUUCAAAGGGCUGCAGAGGAAUGGCAAAGUGCCUGGCCCACGGCUAGCGCAGAGCGGGUGCUCAGGAAAGGUCAGCAGCCUUGCUUUCGAAACACUGGCUCCCCUUCUGGUCCUGGGGGGCUCUCAUGGCCUCUGGGGGGCUCUCCAUUUGCUCUUUUCCAGCUCACCAAGACUGAGCACUGAGGAGCGAUUAGCUCUUCCUCUGCAGGAGGAACUGCCUGUGUCAGGGUGAUGGGAGGGUUGCUCAGACACCCGGCCUUUACCUCCUUCUCUCUCAGGUUGGCCCCCGUGCCCCCACCUCCCCCUCCACCCUUGGGCUGGUGCACAUGGUGUGCAGAAUCUUGCAUCCCCGAGUUCACUGGCACCUUUCUGGUGCAUGGGCAAGAUCCCAGGGGAGUAGAGGGUGGCAUGGCUGGCACUGCAGGCUUUGGCCUGACUUGGGGACUGGGGGCUAGAACAUGAGAGCAACGGUGGACAACUGCCAGGUGAGAGGAGUCUGAAGUGAGCCUGGGCUGGGGCCAUAGGGUGGAGGGCAGGGCUUGGGGCCAGGAUUUGAACUGGUGGGGAAGGGAACCGGGGAAGUUGACUACUGUAUCCCGCACAGAGCCCCUCCUUCUUCUCCUCCUGCUCCAUCCUGCUCCAAAGGUUCUGGGCCUGUGGGAGCCCCUGAAACCCCAGUCCAGAGAAUUCCUACCUUGAGGGGAGUGAACAGGGCCACCUCCUACCUGGUGUCGCCAUGUCUGCCCUGCCCCGGCCAGGCUCCAGAGAGUGAUCGGCCUUAUACCUUCAACGUUUUUUAUUGUGUGAAUAGAUUAUUUUACUUUGUAAGCAAUGGGCAUCUAAGAAGAAUGAAUGAAAUGUAAUAUUAUUGUUAAAUAAAACUUAUUAAUCUUG